AUGGCGAGUGCAGCGGGGGCUGCGGCCCUCGGGGGCCACCUAGCGGGCAAAGUUAUCGACCCCUUCAGGCUGAUGGAGCCGCAGCUGCGGUCGCUGACAGAGAACCUCAAGACUCUUGCUUCAGCAGACAACAAGGUUUUGGACACUGUCUCUCGCUACUUCUUCGACGUCCCGGGGAAGCGCUUCAGGCCUGCUCUGGUGCUUCUCGUCGCGCAGGCGAGCCCGCCAGCAGGGGAGAUCUCAAGUGAGCAGCAGAGGCUUGCAGAGAUCACAGAAAUGAUCCACACGGCUUCACUGCUGCACGAUGACGUCAUGGACCAUGCGGAGAUCAGGAGGGGCAUCCCGUCGCUCAACAACGUCCACGGGAACAAACUCGCCAUUCUAGCUGGUGAUUUUUUGCUAUCGAGAGCAUCACUGAACCUGGCGAGGUUGAAGAAUGUGGAAGUGAUCGAGCUGUUAUCGACGGUUAUCGCGCACUUGGUUGAGGGGGAGAUUAUGCAGAGCAGAACCGAAACGUUGGAGGCAACAAACUUUGACUACUACAUGCGAAAGACUUACCUCAAGACGGCCUCGCUGCUCGCCCAUAGCUGUAAAGGGGUCGUGCUCCUUGGGAGAGCCGAGGAGAGCUUGAAGGACUCCGCAUCCGAGGUUGCCUUCGAGUACGGGAAGCACAUUGGGCUCGCGUUCCAGAUUCAGGACGACGUGCUGGACUUCGAGGGAGACCUGCAGAGCUUGGGGAAGACGCCAGGGAGCGAUCUCAGGGAGGGGCUGACAACAGCUCCCGUCCUCUUUGCCCUGGAGAAGUUCUCGCACGAGCUGGAGCCGAUGAUCCAUAGGUGCUACAAGGGGGAAGGCGACGUCGAGCGAACCAUGCAGCUGGUCAAGCUGAGUGAUGGCAUCGCCAAGAGCAGAGAGCUGGCGCUGGAGCACAGCAGGCUCGCGAUCGAGAGCGCCAACAAGUUCGAGCCGUCAGUCACAAGAGACGCCCUUGUGCAGCUCGCGCACCUGGUGGCCUCUUGCUCCUGCCACUCCUGCCCCUCCCGCACCACCUUCUUCCCCUCCCGCACUACCUCCUACCCUUCCUGCCGCUGCCCUUACCCCUGCUGUUGA